GGAUCGACAAACUUUUGAGCGAUUGCAGCUUCUCUCUCUCCCUCUCUCCUUCUCUCCCCCCUCUUUCUCUCUCUCUCUCUCUCUCUCUCGCUCUGUACGUCCUACUAGUCCGCGGGUUCAAGUUACACAUAGGAGCAGACUACAAGUUUGAAAUGGACAGACACUUGGAGGCGGCUGGCUCAACAAGCAUGGGAUUAUUCUUGUAAUGUGGAUUGCUACCCCUUUUCAAAGAAAGGAGGUUCUACCGUUGAACGAUGUGAGACGUUGUGCGUCUUGGAUUCUCGUGUUUCUGGAUAUCUUGAAAAUCAUUGGUAACAGCUGAGAAUUAAACGCGCAAAGAAAAAAGAAAAAAAAAAAAAGGAUUUGUACGCUCCGACGUUAUUGGGACCAGCAUGGAUUUGCCUUUACACCCCCCGGCCGUUUAUUCACAGAAGUUUUAGCCGGUCCACUUGUCCCUGUUGGUGUUUGUUGUUGUAAACUUUAUGAUUGAGAAACAAAUCGGCAACAUCGGCCGGUUGAGUUUUUUUGAAAACGUCGCUUCACCUUUUGGACUGGAUUUCCAACACGAUGAACUUUAUUGACAGUUUGACACUAUUAUUUUUGACGCUGUCAGCUGUCAAGAGUGCCCACAUACCGAAGGAAACAGAGAGAGGUCCACAUGACGUGAUCCCUCUGAGGGAGGUGUACAACAAGAGUUUGUGUCAGCCGCGAGAGCUGCUGGUGGAAAUUCUCCAGGAGUACCCAGAUGAGGUGGAGCACAUCUUCAUCCCAUCCUGCGUGGUGUUGAAGCGAUGCGCUGGGUGCUGCAACGACGAGAUAAUGGAGUGCACUCCAACAGAGACCUAUAACGUUACAAUGGAGAUUAAAAGAAUAAAACCCCAAAGGCAACAAAAUGACAUUUUCAUGAGUUUUACAGAACACAGCGCAUGCGAGUGUAGGUUAAAGAAAGAAGUGAGAGAACAGAAUGAAAAAAAAUCCCGGAAAGGCAAGGGUAAAGGCCUAAAGAGAAAGCGAAAGAAAAACCGUGACAAAACAAUUCAUGAUGCUGUCUGUGAGCCAUGUUCAGAGAAGAGAAAGCGUUUGUUUGUGCAGGAUCCUGCAACCUGCCGGUGCUCCUGCAAACACACAGACGAAUACUGUAAAGAACGCCAACUAGAGCUCAACGAGAGGACCUGCAAAUGUGACAAGCCGAGAAGAUGAGAGAAGUGGCAGCACCAGAUGUACAAGAUGAAGGAAUAUUCUAGAGAUAUUUCACAGCACAGCACUUUGACCUUUGAACCGUAAGCUCUUCUUUUCUGUGGAAAGCAUUCCCCUUGGACUGAGAGAGAACAAAGAGAAAGACUGAACUGAAGGUUCCUCCCUCUGUAUAUCUGUGUGUAUAUAGACCAUGAUAAAAGAUAAAAAAGAGUACAGAAUUGUUAUGCUGCUACAGAAACAAAUAACUAAACCCAUCAUUUGACUAAAAGCAAAGUAGACGCCAUGUGGUUUUGCAUUUCUAACAGGCUUGUGAUGCAGGUGUAGUCUUAUUGUCAAUUCAUUGUAUGCAAUUAUUUCACUGGAUAUGAGUCUACUGUGGUUGUGUGUCAGUCAUAACAUGCAAAACCUCUAGAUAUAUUUAACUGCUAAAACAGUGGGUGAGACUAAGGAGGACAUGGGUGUGCUCUGCUUUCGAAAAUGAUGGAUGGACUUUUGUCGGCCGACGUCAGCUUACGCUUGGAGAAAAAGAGCAAGACAAAUGGGACAGCUGAUGGAGAUCUGUCUCUGCUUGAUACGGUUUCGUUCCCUCUGAGGACAUGGCAGGACUGAUGUGGACUUAUCACGGUGUCACUGGUGCAGGUCAGAGAAGACCCUGGAGUGGUGGUGCCAUAUACUUUUUAAAGGGAUACUGGUCAUCAGUAUAGCAUUAAAUGUUUUGCAAGAAAACCACUGAAAAUAUCCUAUACUGUAGUUUUAUUCCAUUUGAAAAACUGUGCCUCAUAUAAUGUACUGAGAAAUCUUUCAAGUGCUUUUUAAAUUAUUUUAUUUUGUUUCUUUUGUGAGGAGAGGGGAUUGUCAAAGUAGUCGUCUUUGCUGUUGAACUCGAUACAAAAUCCAUUGAUUAUACAUCUUCUGUACAUACUUAAUAUCCCUUUAUGCCAUAGUCCAUUCUAGAUAAUUUAUAAUGUAUUUUACAGUAUUCAGUCUUCUACACAUAUUUAAUUUGGUCUAUUUAUGUAUGCUGUGUAAUGUACAUGUAGAUGCCUUUUCUCCCUCAAGUGUAAGGUCACUGAUGGCUACUUUAAGCAUGGAGGCUCUAUGUGCUUUUCUAUGAAACGAAAAAGAAAAAAAAACAAUUAACAUUCCCUAAAAGGAUCAUUUGUACUCAAGUGCUGAUGACACCUCCAUUUCAGCCCCUAUCACCUAAGGGUGUGAGUGCCGUGUAGUGUUUUAACUUUUGGUUGUGUGCGUGUGUGUCUAUGUGUGUGUGUUUGUGUGUGUGUGUGUGUGUGUUUGUGCGUGCGUGUGUGUGGGUGUGCGAGUGUCUGUGUGUGUGAGAGUGUGUGUGUUUGUGUGUGUGUGUGUGUGUGUGUGUGUGUGUGUGUGUGUGUGUGUGUGUGUGUGUGUGUGUGUGUGUGUGUGUGUGUGUGUGUGUGUGUGUGUGUUCACCUGCAUUUGCUAUAUGCAUUUCUGUAUGUAGGUGUUAGAUAAUUGUAUUUAAAUAUUUAAGUAAGUAGCAGGCCUGUGUUUCUGUUGUUUUGUUUUGUUUUGUUUUGUUUUUUUUCCAAUGUGCAAGAUGCAAAUACAAAUAAACUACUGCUAGCAGCUCAACAUACACUACCACGACACCACCGCCGCUUCAAAUCUGGAUAACAAUCUCCAUCCUGCCUGCCAUCAGUCUUAGAGCCUUUAUUAAUAGUUAUCUAUGUCUCUUCUCCGCUAUUAACAUGUUUUUCUUUGUGUAUGUAAAACAGUAAAGCAUAUUUAUUUUCAAAUCAUAUUGUUUUUAUAUAAAAUAAGGAAAAGGUUGCUGUGUUGUGAAUGCUGUGUUUCCAUGAGAUUUAUUAAGCAACGGUUCCAUGGUUUUCUUUUUGUUUUUUCGUUUGUUUGUUUUUUGUUUUUUUUGUGCAGUAAUGUGGAAUCUCUGUGCAAUGUAAAAUGAAAGAGGAUAUAACAGAGAAAUUAGAAAUUCCUGCACGCCUUUUUAUGACGGACAGACAGAUAUUCAGCCAAAAGAAUAAACUGGCACUUUGACAAAG